AUGGGUUCCACCUCUCCGAUUUUCGUGGCCAUAGAAGACAAUCCAGGCAUUAUGGAUUGGAGCCUAUUUAUCGAGACUGAAAAGAAUACCGACAAGACCAUCAUCCAAGUCCUCGGCACGCGUCACAAAUACUUUCGUGUGAUAAGAACGCCGUCAAAUCCACGCGUUUCGACCGACCUUAUCGACCUCUUGCCGCUUUGUCGAAUCGAUACAAGCAAAAUCGAGAUGGUCAAAUAUAUAGCAGACUCCACCCACAUCGGCAAUGAGGUGGUAGAUUGGAGUUGUCAGGACUACGUGCUGGGUGUCUUGAACGACCUCGAAGACGCCGGGAUUAUCAAUGGAAACGAUAAGGAUUAUAUCCGGAACAAGGAGGUCGUCAAGUCAAAACGAGAAUCAUGGCCAUAG